CUCAUUGUUAUUCGUGUCGCGAGCGGUCGCAUUCACUUCCCAUCCACGCCACCGUUGCGUCGCAUCGAAUUCCCCGAUAACAAAUAAACUUCACUCGUGCAUAAGUGAUAGUGCUAUAUACAGGCGGGCACAUACAUUUCCGCUGAUUGGCAAUUUGUACCGAUAAUAUGGACGCGCUGGAGCUACACAAGAUGGAGCGGCGCAAGAACUAUCAGCGCGUGAUAACAACGGCGACGACGAGAGCGCGCGCAAGGGCGCCGGUAGACCUAAACGAAGCGGAGGCGGCGUCGACAACGCCGGACGAGAUCGAUUCGACGGCGUACGACAGCAAGGUGCGAGUAAAUCACUGGCACGACAAGAUGAUGGAGCACAAGAAGAUCUACUACGCGGCCGAGCUGAAAAUGUACAAGCUGGAAUUGGCUAUGGCGAAAUACGACAACUCAAAUAAAUUGCGUUGGUCAGUCCGACACCGUGAAAUGGCCAACAUGAUUCACCACGAUGACGAAGUAGAGAAGACAGCGAGACGCACACCGGAACCGGCGUUCGGUUAUGUGCCAAUCACAAGGCAAUUGAAAGCACAGUCAGAGCCAGCGCACGAUGAUGAAGUCAAUAAAAUCAGAGAAGAAACAAUCGAAGAAAAUGAUGAUAAUGCCGAAGUACGUUCGCAAACUGCAGACUCUACUCCUCGGAAUGAUUUGAUUCCACUUCAUUCGGAAGAUUACAAGCCGUUCUCAAGUACAGCUUCUAUACAUUCUUACAUGUAUCACUUGAGGAAAAUUUAUGGGAAGUAAUAUCAUUGUAUAGAGAAUAAAAAUAUGAUGAGAUGUAAUUUCAUCAUUUGAAACAUGUAAACAUUAAACAUCUAAAGAACGUAAGGCAGAUGUCAUAAGAUGAAACGAGUCAUAAACACUAGAAGAAACCCAAUAACCUACAUACCAAUAUAAA